CGAGGGGGACCCUAGCGAGCCGCUUCGCCCGCCGACCGGGGACCUGCGCGGCUCGGGAACGCGCCCUGUCGCUAUUGUCUCAGGGCCGCACGGGCUCGCGCCGGCUGGACUGCGAUUCCCCUCCUCUUCCUCCGGGAGGGAAGGAUCCCAGAGCGCCAAGCCGGGCUGGCUGGAGGAGGUGGCCGCGGAGGCGGAGGGAGGAGCGUUACUCUCCGGUCGCCACUGCUUCUCCUUCGGCGGAGGCUGCGGCUGCCGCUGGCUUCAAAAAGGCGGCGGGUCCCGGGUUCCUGGCCAUGGAGAGGAGAUCCGCACGCGGGGACACCGGGAGCUCCUUUCCUGCUCCUCGGGCAACCGCGUAGACACCUGAGUAGACCGACGCCUGGAGGGGGAGGGGAAGUGACAAGGUAUCAUGUAUGCUGCUGGCUCCAGGGGACACUCCCCUGCUUUCCUGCAACCUCAGAACGGAAACGGCCAUCGCUCACCUGGUUACGUUCCUGGGAAGGUGGUUCCCUUACGGCCGCCUCCUCCUCCAAAGAACCACGCUUCAGCCAAAUUAACCUCCACCAGCCAAGAAGCCCCAACAACUUUUGCUUUCUCCCCGGAGGAGCAGCAGACGCCGAGGGAGGACCGAAAGCAGCAGAGACACAAGAACACCUUCAUCUGCUUCGCUAUAACCAGCUUUUCGUUUUUUGUGGCGCUUGCAGUCAUUUUGGGAAUAUCCUCAAAAUAUGCUCCAGAUGAGAAUUGUCCAGACCAAAACCCUCGUCUCAGGAACUGGGAUCCAGGACAAGAUUCUGCAAAACAUGUUGUUAUCAAGGAGGGAGAUAUGUUCCGCCUGACCUCAGAUGCUACAGUGGAUUCUAUAGUCAUUCAGGAUGGAGGACUGCUUGUGUUUGGGGAUGCUGAAGACGGAUCCAGAAACGUUACCUUGAGGACUCGUUACAUCCUGAUCCAGGAUGGUGGGGCGCUUCAUAUUGGAGCAGAAAAAUGCCGCUAUAGAUCCAAAGCGACAAUUACCUUGUAUGGCAAAUCAGAUGAAGGUGAAAGUUUGCCAACAUUUGGCAAAAAGUUUAUUGGCGUGGAGGCUGGCGGGACACUGGAGUUGCAUGGGGCACGGAGGACAUCAUGGACGAUGUUGGCAAGGACUCUGCAUUCCUCGGGCUUGCCCUUUGGCUCCUAUGCCUUUGAAAAGGACUUUUCCCGGGGCCUUAAUGUGAGGGUCAUUGACCAAGACACAGCCAGAGUUUUGGAAAAUGAGAAGUUUGAUACCCACGAGUACCACAAUGAGAGCAGGCGACUUCAGGAAUUUUUGAGAGCUCAGGAUCCCGGUCGGAUUGUAGCUAUUGCUGUUGGAGAUUCAGCAGUCAAGAGCCUGUUACAGGGAACAAUCCAGAUGAUCCAGGACCGGUUGGGGAGUAAGCUGAUCCAAGGGCUGGGCUACAGGCAAGCUUGGGCUUUAGUUGGCGUCAUCGAUGGUGGAAGCUCUUCCUGCAACGAAUCUGUGAGAAACUAUGAAAACCACAGCACUGGCGGGAAGGCUCUGGCUCAAGGAGAAUUUUACACCUUGGAGGGCCAGAAGUUCUCCGUGACAGCCUAUAGUGAAUGGAUUGAAGGAAUCUCUCUCUCGGGUUUCCGGGUGGAGAUUGCAGAUGGAGUGAAGCUUCACCUGCUGGAUGAUGUCAGCAGCUGGGAAGCGGGAGACCGAAUCGUGGUUGCCAGCACCGACUAUUCCAUGUACCAAGCAGAGGAGUUCACUCUUCUCCCGUGUUCCGAGUGCAGCCGUUUUCAGGUCAAAGUUAAAGAGACCCCGCAGUUCCUGCAUGUCGGUGAGAUCAUAGACGGGAUAGACAUGAGAGCUGAGGUUGGAAUUCUCACCCGGAACGUUGUGAUCCAAGGAGAAAUGGAGGCCUCCUGCUAUGCCGAGAAUCAGUGCCAGUUCUUCGAUUAUGACACCUUUGGAGGACAUGUGAUGAUAGAGAAGAAUUUUACUUCAGUCCAUCUUUCUUAUGUGGAAAUGAAACACAUGGGCCAGCAGCACCUGGGGCGCUAUCCUGUCCAUUUUCACCUGUGCGGAGACGUAGACUCUAAAGGAGGGUACAGACAUCCAGCGUCUGUGGAUGGCCUGUCUAUUCACCACAGCUUUUCAAGGUGCAUCACUGUGCAUGGGACCAAUGGCUUGCUAAUCAAAGACACCAUUGGAUUCGACACACUAGGUCAUUGCUUCUUUUUGGAAGAUGGUGUGGAACAGAGAAACAUUUUGUUCCAUAACCUGGGGCUUCUUACCAAGCCAGGAACUCUCCUCCCCACGGACAGGAACAGUUCCAUGUGCACCAUCAUGCGUGACGGGGUGUUUGGAAACUAUGUGCCUGUGCCUACCACGGACUGUAUGGCCGUUUCAACUUUCUGGAUUGCCCACCCCAACAACCAUCUGAUCAGUAACGCAGCUGCAGGCUCACAGGACGCUGGAAUAUGGUAUUUAUUCCACAGAGAACCCACUGGGGAAUCCACUGGGCUGCAGCUCCUGGAGAAACCGGAACUCACGCCACUGGGAAUAUUUUAUAACAACAGGGUACACUCAAAUUUUAAGGCUGGCUUAUUUGUUGACAAAGGUGUCAAAACAACCAACUCCAGUGCCUCGGACCCAAGGGAAUACCUCUGCUUGGAUAACAGCGCAAGGUUCCGGCCUCAUCAGGAUGCAGACCCUGAAAAGCCGCGAGUUGCUGCUGUCAUUGACAGGCUAAUUGCUUUUAAAAACAACGAUAAUGGUGCCUGGGUCAGAGGAGGAGACAUCAUUGUCCAGAACUCAGCAUUUGCAGAUAAUGGAAAGGGGUUGACCUUUGCCAGUGAUGGGAGCUUCCCAAGUGAUGAAGGUUCGAGCCAGGAGGUGUCGGAAUCCCUCUUUGUCGGGGAGAGUAAGAAUUACGGAUCUCAAGGUGGCCAAAACAAGUACAUGGGUACAGGAGGAAUAGAUCAGAAGCCUCGGACACUACCCAGGAACAGGACAUUCCCAAUUCGAGGUUUUCAGAUUUAUGAUGGGCCCAUUCAUCUCACAAAGAGCACAUUCAAGAAAUACAUGCCAACUCCAGACAGGUACAGCAGUGCCAUUGGCUUCCUCAUGAAGAAUUCCUGGCAGACAACGCCCAGGAAUAAUGUUUCCCUUGUGAAGUUUGGUCCACAGGUCUCUCUGAACGUCUUUUUUGGGAAGCCUGGCCCCUGGUUUGAAGAUUGUGAGCUGGACGGUGACAAGAACUCCAUUUUCCAUGACGUCGAUGGCUCGGUGACGGGAUACAAGGAUGCCUAUGUGGGAAGGAUGGACAACUACCUGAUCCGCCAUCCAAACUGCAUCAACGUCACUAAGUGGAACGCCGUGGUCUGCAGUGGGACCUAUGCCCAGGUGUAUGUUCAGACAUGGAACACUCCGAAUCUUAGCAUGAUCAUCACACGAGAUGAGUACCCAUCCCACCCAAUGGUGCUUCGGGGCAUCAACCAGAGGGCCAUUUCCCCGCAGUACCAGCCCGUCGUCAUGCUGGAGAAGGGCUACACCAUCCACUGGAACGGUCCAGCGCCACCUAUCACCUUCUUGUACCUCGUGAACUUCAACAAGGACGACUGGAUCCGAGUUGGCCUCUGCUACCCAUCCAACACAAGCUUUCAUGUUACCUUCGGCUUCCUGCAGCGGCAGAAUGGCUCUCUGUCCAGAAUGGGAGACUAUGAGCCGGCACAGUCGAUGGAGGAGCUGCAGAGGAAGCCGUCCGAGAGGAAAUUCUAUUUUGACUCUGGCACAGGGUUAUUGUUUCUGUAUCUCAGAGCCCAUAGCCACAGAGAUGGUCACAGUUACUGUUCAUCUCAGGGAUGCGAAAGAGUCAAGAUUCAGGCAGCAACAGACUCCAAAGACAUCAGUAACUGCAUGGCCAAAGCGUACCCGCAGUAUUACAGAAAGCCCUCGGCGGUCAAGCGCAUGCCAGCCAUGCUUACAGGACUCUGUCAGGGCUGUGGCACCCACCAGAUGGUUUUUACCAGUGACCCUCACAAGAGCUACCUCCCUGUACGGUUCCAGUCACCCGGGAAAGCAGAAACUCAGCGAGGAGAGCCAUCUGUUAUUUCUGUGAAUGGUACGGACUUCACCUUCCGGAGUGCAGGUGUGCUCCUCCUGGUUGUGGAUGCCUGCAGCGUUCCCUUCCGGCUGACGGAAAAAAAGAUGUUCCUUCCUGCGGAUGUCAGUCAGAUGGAAGAGUAUUUAAAGACUAGCAUCCCUCCAAGGUCAAUCGUUCUGUUGAGCACAAGAGGAGAAAUCAAGCAGAUGAAUAUCUCUGAUUCAUUAGUACUUCUGGGAUUGGUCAAACCAGCACACCUCCAUAGUAAAGGCGGUAUUGUAUUUUUGGGAUUCAGCGGAAACUUUAAACCCUCAUGGACUAAGCUGUUCACGAGUCCUGCUGAGCAGGGCCUGGGCGUGCUCGAGCAGUACGUCCCUUUGCAGAUGGAGGACUAUGAGUGUUCCAGGGCCGGCAGUGUCCACAGAAGAGACCUCGAACUGUUACAGCGGGCUUCGAAAGUGCUUUAGAAACUUACUGUAAUUUAAGUGCUGGGAAAGAAAAAAAAAUGUGAACUAACUUAUUUAAUUUAUGACAUUUUAAGGUGACACUGUUAACCCAACAGAACCAUUUUCCUGUUUGAGGAAAAAAAAAAGUGAGAGAGAGAAAGAAAGAACUCAAAGCAACCGCUCGAGUGCCAGCUCGUGCACCUUGGCAUUGCGCAGACGGUAAAGAACCCUUUUGUCUUCUUGAGGCUGCUGAGUUCGGAGAGCAGUUCUCUCGCCCCUCGCACCAAUAAGCCGCUCAGCAGCGCUUCCCUUUUUGUAUAGUGGGGUGCGGGGAGGGCUUCCCAGCGGCUGCUGUAGCACCUUGAUACUUGAAGUCUAAUGCUCAUUGUGCAGUCGACUCCAGUGGCUGGCCUUCAGUGAUGCCGGGGGCUCAUUUCUGGACAGCCGGUGAGGGCUUUAAGUGGCCACUCAGGCCCAGCACAUGCUCCUCCUGCCUGGACACGUACUCUUUAACUCAUUUGUCUAUUAAUUGCUUUGGAGGGUUCACCUUUGAACUCUUUGAACGGUGAACCAUAUUGGGACAAAAGGGCUUUUGAAAUCUUUUUGAUCUGUGACCACUGAGCAAAAAAACAAACAAAAACAACAACAACAAAAUGGUUACUUGCACCCAGGUCUGAAGUUGGUGGACCUUUUCGCAGCUUUAAUCAUUAGCCUGUCUUGACUAUAUAUCUGUAUUGAAAAUGAAGAGCUGAGCUGACUUUUCCUUAAAAGAAGCAAGCCACUUCCCAAACUGUAAACCCCUGUCAUUUUAACUUGUCAAAGGGAGCGGGGUAUGGUGACACAUGCCUUUGUUCCCAGCUUUCCAGAGGCAAACGGAUCUCUGGAGUUGGAGGCCAGCCUGGUCCACAUAGUGAGUUCCAGGAUAGCCAGGACUAUGUAGAGAAACCUAUCUAAAACAACCCCUCUUCCCCCCAAAAAUUAACUUGCGAAAAGAAAUCUGUCCUUGGUUUUGAUCUUGUACCUGUGUUUUGGUGUGUGGAUUUUUUUUUUUUUUAAAGCUUCCCUGCUCAUCAUUCUACCAGGAAAUCCCAGAGAACUCACUGCUUCUCCAUAGAUAUUGUUUCCAAGUGAGGAAGGAGAUAGCUUUUUUAGGUCAGAAUCAUGGAGACAACAUUGAACCUCUUCAUAGCCUUAAAAGCGGGAGUCUCUCUUCGUGAAUGUAGCUGUCAAACACAAGAAGAAAGGACGCCAUGAUGUCCAGUGCCCCUCCUACUGGGCUUGUCUCCAGCCAGUGGGAACACAUGUGGCAAAGGAGGCUGGCCUGGCAGACAAGGAAGAUGCGUCGGAAUGCUGUAGUGCAGCAGGGAGUUUCAUGGGUGAAUAGCUAGGCAUCUUAGGGCUGCCACUAGCAAUGCAUACAGACAAGCUCAUCUUCCUGUGUGAAGGGCCGAGGCUGAUGCCUGUACUGUGUGUCCCUGUGACUUGUGUUCCUUGACAGAACAUGCUACCUCAAAGUGCUGUGACAAACCAUGCCGACUGUAGUGCUCACAGGAAGGGCACGUGUCUUAAUCAAAGUCUGGUUAUUUGUUUGUUUGGGUUUUUUCAGAUGUGGGUUUUUGUUUGUUUUUUCUUUCAUUUUUUGUACAGCGAGAUCUUACCUAUUAGAUAUAUUACCGGGUAAUGGUUCCUGAAGGUGAUUGAAUUGUGUGUGGGAAUGUGUGUGUUAUAUUAUGACUUAAAUAUAUUUGAUGUGUGCUUUUUUUUUUUUAGAGUUCAGGUUUUUAAAAAAAUAUUUAGAAAGGGUUGCAAGUUUCAAGACACUCAGUUUUUCUGAUUUAUGUACUAAUAAUUAGGGCCUAAGUUAAAUAAACAAAAAUA